UAAACAGUUUGUCUGGCUCAGUGCCCAGUUUCAAUUCUCAGAUAAUAGUAAGCGGAGGAGCUUUAAAGCAGCAGGGCAACAGAGCUCAGACAGGGAAGAGGACGAGAGGAAACGAGACGACAGCAGCAGCAGCAGCAGCCGACAGCCUCGCUUUGCAUUUGACAAAUCGACAGCACGAGCGAGCGAGCGGGCCAUCGCUUGAUGAUGAAGGCGUCGGCAGGACUGGCGCUCUGGUGUGCCGCCGCUCUGCUUCUUUGCAUCCGCGCCGACGUCCGCUGCGCCAUUCGGAGGCUCAACUCUAUCGACGAUUUGAAAGAAGUCAACUUUGGCCAAGCCGUGCCCAAACACAGCCUGCUGCUGCUCCACUGGUUCGCCAACACCGUGGAGAUGGACGACAGCGACGUCAUACGACUCACCUUUGACCCCGACCUCGGAACGUACGGUUCGCAUCACUACGGAAACUACGAGAGGCUUUUGAACCCGCUGCCUCGGGGGGACUUCCGAUACCGCUACUACACCGUCGGCAACGUCAACCGAGGCCAAUCGGAUCUUCCCGAUUACGUCCUCGAGCCGCCCGACGCCGAGUACAGGGAAAGAGGAAACAGAGGCCGGAUCGUAUUCCGAGUGAGGGAGCAAGACGGCCAGACCGUAGACCAAGUUUACCUCACGCAGCAUUACGGAAACUCGCACGUUACUAACACGCGUUACGAUCCCGCCUACACGUACCACAUCACCGCCAACCUGCUCAGGCAAAUCAGAGCGUUUGCAGUGGGAGCGCAGCAACGCAACUUCUUGGCGGAGCUCGCCGAAGACUUUGGAAGCCACGUCGACCAGUCGCGCUUAUGGCGCCUCACAAUCAGAUGGCAGGACCUGGCUUGCCUGGGACUGCUCUUGUACAUGAUCGUGGAGGAGAAACACUUGAAAGGAAAGCCGCUGCCGCCCAAAAGAAAGCUCAGGCCGGCGCCGCUGCCGCCCAAAGGAAAGCCGGGGCCGGCGCCGCCUCAUUGCGUCGUCGACAUUCCGGACCCCGCCGGAAGCCAUGGUCUCGAUCCGCGAUCCUGGCUAGGACUACGUAGUCGAGACUGUGUUCGACUUGAAGUGACAACUGGGGAAAACGGAAGAGCUCGGAUUCUUUGGAGGGGUGUCCCGAUAAACCACGUUAUGGAAGGUGCCAUGGUGGUACUGUACAAGGACAAUAACAGCCAGGAAGCCAUGUUUUCAAAAGUGAUCCGUAGCCAAUGGGGCGACGUCGACACCUCGGUACGCCUCAAUGGCGGCCUCCAGGCCCGCCUCCACAAGACAAAAACAAAGUGCUGUUUGUGGACAACAGCGGCCGAGGAGAUCUGCAGAGGAGCCCAGUUUGCAAAUCCAGACAAAGUCCCCUUAAGCGGCCACCAGGCAAGUCUCCAACUGUUUGUGAAGGACGGCAAGGCUUGCGCUCGCUUGUUUGUCGAUAAGUCAUUCGCAAAUUGGAAAAAGGAGUUUAGCAAGUCCUGGGUGGCCUUCUACGCCAACCCACUUAAAUCCACUCGAGAUUACGAAUGGUGGCAGUGGCAGUGGGCCACAAAAUUCCAAGCGGCGCCCGACGCUCUCGACGACGUCCACGAUGUUUACGAGUAUCGCUCCAAUCUGACCGUGGCCCCGGGAAUCCAAGCUCGAUUUAUUCUCAGAAAUGACACGGUGUUGGCUGAAACAUUAAGCUGGCAGUGAUCAUCGCAAACUGCAAAUACUUGAUGAAUGUCGGAAAAAAAAGCACUGUAUCAAUCUGCUGUAACUGCUGUCCUUGUCUUUUCUAGCAUGUAUUUUCAUUCAUUUUUUUCGAGAUGUCGACUGAACAAAUAAAAUUUCAAAUAAUGACCA